AUGCUUCCUCUCAGUUACGUUUGCUGCUUUUUGCUCGUCCUAAUCACCAACUCCCUUCUCGCUCACUCCUUUACUUUUACAAGCUACUACAAACAAGACUACUCCAAGGACGACAUUGUCCAUAUAUCUCUAACAAAUCUCUCCCCUGGUGCCAAUUCCAAGGACAACAAGUACUAUUUGUAUCCUAUCAGGUUCUACGAACAUGACCUUUUGACGACUUGUCCACCUCUCAAACAAAAAUACUCUGCUCAAGAAUUUGAAGAGCUUCUUCAGCUUCAGGCAAAGCAAAACGAAGGAAAUAAAAAGAGAAAAAGAGAUGAUGACGAUGAGAAAAAAGACGAAAAAAAAGAUGAUAAUGGUGAUAAUAACAAUGAUAAUAACGAUGAUAGUAAUGACAAUGAUGAUAAUGAAAAAAAAGAUCUUGAAUCCUCAAAUUCUCAAAAUCAAACUAAAGAACCUUCUUAUGAUGAAAUUUACAUUUUUAAAAAAGAUAACCUUUUCAAUAACAACGUCUACAACUCUCCCUUUUCUGCUCAAUUUAAAAUCAAAAAAGGUUGUGAAUUUGCUUGUACAGUUGAUUUUUCAACUAAAAGUGCUAAAUACAUUAAUGAUUUAAUUAGAAAAGAUUACAGAAUUAAUCUAUAUAUCGAUGAUAUCCCCAUCGGUAAAGAAUUCUUUGAUUACAACUCAAAUAAAUUUUACAUAUCAAAUAAUUUGCCUCUAGGCUAUUUAGAUACUAAUGGCCUCCCAAGAAUCUUUACUCAUUAUCAAAUCGUCAUUGAUUACAUUAACAUUGGUGCUGAAAAAUUUAACAUAAUUAAAGCUGUUGCAGGUCAACAAUCAAAUUUAAGAUAUGUUAAAAAUUCUUGCUCUUUACACCCUCCUGUAAUCUUAUCUGAAAUCCCCUUCUCUAAUAACAAAGUCAUCUUUACCUACGAUAUCAUCUGGAGAGAAACUGUUGGUCAACCAACAAGCUGGAAAGAUAGGCUAAACCAUUAUUCUUACAAUUUAGUUAAUUUUAAGAUCCAAUAUCUAUCUAAAAUCGUUUACUCUGUUUUAACCUCUGUUUUCUUUUUAAUAUUUUUGAAAAAAAUCAAAACAAUUCUUACAAAUGAAAAGCAUUCCUCUACUUCCACUUCCACUUCCACUUCAAAUUCAAAUUUAAAUUCAAAUGUCAAUUCAACAUCUGAUUUACACCAAAAUGCCCUUGAUAUCGAUAACGAUGAAUUGUUUUUAGAUUUAAAUUGGUCUUCUUUAUCAAAUGAAGUCUUUAGAUCUCCUUCAAAAUUGAUUCUAUUUGCAAAUUUAACUGGUUAUGGAAUCCAAAUUUUCUUAAUAGCUUUCUCAGUUUUAACUCUCUUGUCCUUUGAUUUAAUCUCAGUUAUAAUCCCCAACGAGAUCUUACAUUCAAUUUUUUAUUUAUUUAUCUUAACUUCUCCAUUUUCUUCAAUUGUAACAAUAUCAAUUUUUAAAAAUUUUGUAACAGAUAAAUCAAAUUUAUCAAAUUUUAAAAAACUAUUCUUUCAAAAUCAAACUCUUUUACCAGGUUUUUUAUUGAUUUCAACUUUAUUUCUUAAUAUAAUCUAUAAAAAUGUCAAUUCCACUAAUUUUAUACCAAUUUCAAAUUUAUUUAAGUUUUUUUUGAUUUGGUUAUUUAUUUAUACACCAAUUAAUUUAACAAGUUUUGUAAUUGGUUUUAAAAAAUUCAAUUUAUUCAACAAUACUCUUAAUAAUAAUAAUAAUAAUAAUAAUGAUAAUGGGAAAAGUGAUAAGAUUAUUAAAAUUAAUCAAAUUGAGAAACAAAUUCCUCCUCAACCAAUUUUAUUAAAAUUGAUUCCCUCGUCGAUUUUUUCAUCGAUUAUACCAUUUUCAAUUAUAAUGUUUCAAAUUUCAAUUUUGAAUGCUACAGUUUAUUUCAAGUAUUUUAAUUUUUCAAAUUUUGAGACAUUGUAUCUAUUAAUACUAUCAUUGAUUUCAAUGGAUUCGAUGGGGGAUCUUGCAACAAAAGGUGUUGGUAAUAAUAUUUAUAAUAAUAUUUACAAUAACAUUCACAAUAAUAAUGAUAAUCGUAAUAAUAGUAAUAAUAACUGA